AACAUGUAAACCGUCCUUGUGAUAACAUAGUAUUAACUGUUGAUGCAUUAUUUUGAUUUUGUAGAGAAUAUAGUGGCGAAGAACGUGAGAGGGAAGAGUAGAGGAGUUGGAUGUGAAAGACUCCUACAAACAGCGCAGUCAAAGUUGCAUGUAGACUUUCAGAAAGAAGAUGGAGUACCUACUGGAGUAAAUGCAUCAAAGUUGAGUACUGAGGUAGGAAUAGUUGCAAGGAACUAUGCCCCCGUAAGAGUGCUUACUUGGAAGAAAGUUCCGUACGAUGUCGAAAAACAAAUGAUUGCUCGGAUCACGACCAAGUUUGACAUUGAUGUCACGGAGCCCCAUGUACUGAAAUGGCUGAAGCACAAAUUGUGUAAGAGAUUCAACAGCUUCCGGAGUGCCCUACACAAGAAAUUCAAAGCAUAUGCUACUAAGGAGGAAGCAUUACAGAAUAGACCAGAAGAAAUUAAAGAUCCUGAUGAUUGGAUAUAUCUUUGUGACCUUUUUUCGAGUGAAAAGUUUCAGGCACGGUCAAAAACUUACUCUGAGAACCGGUCGAAGAUGAGGUGUAACCACCGCGGUGGUUCCAAGAACUUUAUCCAGCACAAAAAGGAGAAGGCGCAACAAGUUGGGGAAUCUGUCGGUCCUAUACAAUUAUUUCAUGACACUCGUUGGAGCGCGGAGAAAGGGUGGAUUAAUGAACAAGCAAGAGAGCUAUAUGUAAGUUGA